AACAGGAUACCUCACUGGCGCGAAAAACGCACUGUGGCUCUCUCUAUUGUGAGGCGGGCGGGUCCAACGCAUGCUGUGUGGGCCCCGGUGACGUUGUUUCUUUAUUUUAAAGUCGUAUUUCCAAACGGAUUUGCAGACAACGUUUUUUCCCCCCUCUCUGCUUUAAAUCGAUGGUGUCAGCUUGUUGAGGUUUCAUGCGCUGAAUCGGGCGGGUUUUAAUGUGCUGAGCUGCGCGUUUGGAGCCCGCAGAGAUCCGGAUCGUCCUCCUUUUGUGGAUUUUAUCAACUUCACCAUGGAAUUGGAUUGUUUCCAGUCUUAUUUUUUCCACGAUUUCGACAUGGAGGAGGAUUUUUAUAAGUCCACUGCACCCAGUGAGGAUAUCUGGAAAAAGUUCGAGCUGUUGCCCACCCCUCCCAUGUCCCCCCACCGGACUCAGAGCGACUCGCCCCUGCACCUCUCUCCUGGGGACAAACUCAGCUGGCUGUCUAAGGUGCUGGGGCAGGACGAGGACACGCCCGACCCCACGGAGCUUAGUGCCCACAUCAUCCAGGACUGCAUGUGGAGUAGUUUCAGCAAAGUGUCGGCACAGACCCCGGCCACCCAGCAGAUCCGGACCACCAGGACGCAGUGCGCCUCUGCGGGCGGUCUCCUCUCCGCGCCUACGGAAUGCGUGGACCCCGCCGCCGUUCUCACCUUCCCCACCAGCAGCUGCAGGAAGCCGGCGUCGUCUGGCUCAGAGUCUCGCUCAGAUUCCUCUGAUGAUGAGGAAGAAAUUGACGUUGUCACCGUGGAGAGCAAGCAGAGCCGAGUGCGGCUGCUGAGUGGGAGGAAACCAGUGACCAUCAGGGUCCGUGCAGACCCCUGCCCCAAACGCUUCCAUGUGUCUGUCCACCGGCAGCAGCACAACUAUGCAGCCCGGUCACCAGACAGUGACCCAGAAGAGGAGGAGGAGGAAGAGGAUGACGAUGACUAUGAAGAGGAACCUCUUAGCAAGCGUGCCUGCAUUGCAUCCCACCAGCUGCCUCCCUCCCCCUCAGAUACUCCCCUGAACUCGGAUUCAGAGGACUCCGAUCGCAGGCGAAACCACAACUUCCUGGAGAGGAAGAGGAGGAACGACCUGAGAUCACGCUUCACCGCCCUGCGGGAUCAGAUUCCUGGCCUAGAGUCGGCCAAGGCCCCCAAGGUGGCCAUCCUGACUCAGGCGACAGAUUACCUGGAGGAGCUGCACCUCAGCGAGAGGCGGCAUCUGCAGGAGAAGAAGCGCCUUAAAUCAAGGCGGCAGAACCUUCUCCGUAGAUUAUCUGAACUCAAGCGCUCCUGAGACUCAAUAAUAACUGCCUCUUUAACCGCAGAUAACUCUUUCCCUCAGAAAAAAAACAAUUACUUGUCACUUUCAAAAAAGCUAUUCUUGUAAAAGCGCAACUUGUCAAUGUAAAUAGCUGUGAAUUAUUUUCUGAAUGGAAUCAUAUGGCUGUGGGCUUCCUGUUAAAUCCACUGCCAUGCCCUGUGAACCUGCUACAGGGAGGAGCAGUUUGCUACAAUAUGCUAUUUGGUUUUCCUUUGCACAGUUCUAAACAAUGGGUCAUAAUUGUUUUAUUGCUAAAGCAAAGAUAUUUCUAGGUAUGCUGUGAUGAAAAAUAGUUUAUAUUUUACAAACAUUUAAAGCAGUCUGAAUAAGUAAAAAAUCUUGCUUGUGUUUUCAUUUCAACAUAGAAGUUUGAUUAUAUGUGUGAACAUUUUUCUGUUUGCAAGUGUGAAUAAUGACUGGGUGUACAAUUCAUUCUGUAAAUAAUAGCCUAUUUCUUGAGGUAAAGGAGACAAUGCCAGGGUUUGUCUUAUAAAUUUGUUCCUCUGUGCCACCAGACUUCUAUUUUUUGUUAAAAAACUUAGUCAAAAUGAUAAAAAAAGGAAAAAGUAGCACCGCUGUACUUUAUAUUCACACGUCACUUUGUGAUUUCCAUGCUUCUUUGAUUGUUGUUUUUUUUAAAAGCAUGAUAACCUCAAAGCAUCAUUAAAUUUUUAUACCAUAU